ACAGUCUCCCGUGCGAGCUUACGCCAGUUGGCCUUCAAUAGUACAAGCUCCGUUAUCGGAACUGAGCGUAUUGAACAGUUUUUCCUUCAAUCGUUUCCCGAUUGUUUUGCUCUCUUCGACGCCAUGGCUCUGGAAUAUACCUUACAUCAAUCUCGAUUCUAUGCCCGUUAUUAAUGUCGCAAACUCAGAUUCUCUCAAAUGGCUCGAUUCACAUCUUGCGUUCAUGCUCUCUGAUCGAGAGAGACUAGCGUUUCGUCAGACCGGCCACGUCAGCGAUACGCUACAUUGUCUCAAAAAAUCGCUGACGCAAAUCUUCCUCACCUUUACUGGCGUCUAUAAGCCAGAAGCGAAGAUCUUUGCCCUACGAACCUCUGAAGGGGGCAUUUUUACCCUUCUCUUCGUUAGAGAGCUCCGCCUCGACCUUGAUUCACAAACGAUUGUGGCUGAUUGCUUUCUUCUCCCAAUACCGUUCGGCAUUGAAUGCCCUUCGGCGCCACCUAAAGUCGAGCGUAUUCUCAAAAACAGAGCGGUGAUGGAAAUAAAUACCGCUCCCUCGGAGCAGAGGACUUGGAUGCAGCUAUUCUCGGUGAUUUCUGAACGAUGCCGCAAGUGGGAGCAUACACCGAACUGUGAAUACAAGACCAGAGGGACGUUGUUGUCACUCGAUACCACUAUUCCUCCAGCAUUCUGUUCCUGUGGACGAGGCAAGGAUGACGCCAGCUCCUUCUUUAAGGACAUGGGGUUAGACGAUGUUUCCUGCUUCGUGACCCGUGCAGCGUUGGGUCCUUUGUUCGCUGUCCCAUAUCUGGAAGACGUAGGCAUCACUGCCAUAGAUACAGCGCCAAACGGCUGUACAUCCUCAAAAUGCGCUUCUUGUGGUGCACAGUCGGAGCAUCUCCAAGUCUGCAGUGCCUGCAAACGGCAGUACUACUGCUCUCGGGCUUGCCAGAGAUCGGAUUGGAAGCGGCACAAGCCGAACUGCAGAGCGGCGUGAACCAAAUGUACUCACGUUUCAAUACAAACUAGAGUUGAAAACAUACCGUCUUCUCCAAAACUAACCGUCCACGAAUACGAACAAAU